AAUCUCCAUGCAAUCAUGGGAAUUUGUUGUUCAUGCCACUCCACCUCCGUCGCCACCGCCAAGCUGAUAUUACCCGACGGCAGCUUACAGGAAUUCUCCUCCACCGUCAAGGUUUCCGAUGUCCUUCGCCACCACCCUUCCGCCUUCAUCUGUAACUCAGAUGAGAUGGAUUUUGAUGAUGUCGUUUCCGCCAUUAAAGGUGACGAUGAGCUUCAACCUGGUCAGCUCUACUUUGCGCUUCCAUUGGCUCGCCUGAAACACCCUCUUCAGCCGGAGGAGAUGGCGGCAUUGGCGGUGAAAGCCAGCGGUGCAUUGGCUAAAUGUGGGUGUCGUCGUCGCCGGAAAAAUAUUUGUUUUACACCUUCGUUUUCUGGGGAGAAAGGGUGGGGUUCGAGUAGGGUGGCCGAUGCGGAGACUAUUGGGUCGAUACGGCGGAGCUGCGGCGGCGACGGUGGAAAGAGGCAGAAUUUUAAAGUAAUGUUGAGUGCCAUACCGGAGUAGUGGUGUGAAGGGUUAUUUUUGUAAAUAUGGUAAAGAAGUCUCGAAGUGAGGGCACUUUAUGAUAGCGACGACGUCGUUUUUUCCCCUCUACUUCAGGCAUUUUCCAUAUUGGGAGUAUUAUUACCUUUUUACCCCUGACAUGGGUCAUUAUAAAUAUCGUAAGUAUGUAUUUUUAGUUCCUCUUGGAGGGACUCUAAAAUUAAAAUAAAAUUUGGUGUGGUAUUAUUUUAUUGUUUUAUACAAUAAAAAUACCAUAACAACCGUGUGAGUU